AUGUCGAUGGAUCCUGUAACAGAGCUUCAGCACCUGAAGUUUACACCAAGGACCUCAGCAUGGAAGCAUAUGCAACGGUUCGAGAGGUUAUGCGCAUUGGCAUAUCCACGAGCUACUGAUGCUGGCAAAUGGAGCUUAUUCGUAAAGACUAUUGACACGACAAAUGUGUGGGGCAGUGGGAGGGGGGUGACGCCUGGAAGAUGGCUGAUGGAGUUGAGCGAGGACUGGCUACGAAAGAACCCACACUGCGCUCAACCGGACUGUAACGACUGCAAAAACGACACCAUGUCUUUCGAUUACCUCAAGAACGCCUUCCUUGAUCGCUGGGGUGCACCGGCGUCACCGCACGGCAAGCUCCGCCAGCCCUCUCGGUCCCACUCCAUGCCCCCACCAUCCGAGUCAGACGGUGAUCCGGGCGAGAUUUUGACCCCAUCUGAUAUUGUCUCCAAUGCUCUUAUCCCAAGAGGGAGCCACUACCCACCUUCUGCCCCCACACCUCCAAACGAGCCUGUAAAUGAACGGGAGCGCCUCGUACAAGAGACCAAGACCUCUAUUGCUAUCAACCCUGCUCCCGGAAGUGGCGGUGGUCAGAUCGUACUGUCGAUCUCAGACACCAACAAGCCCCGACGAAAGAAGAAGGACGGUAGCAGGAACGUUGACUCCCGAAAUUCACACCGCGGACAUCAUGGGAGCCAUGACAUGGAGACUCCAUUGGAUUCCCCUGGGUGGGCUCAAUCCGAGAAUGAUGCGGAGGAGAUGGAACGCCGGCGGCAGGAGGAGAUGGAGGAGGAGAUGGAACGCCAACAACGGUAUGAGGCGAUGGAGAUGCAACAACGCCAACGGGAGGAGGCGAUGGAGAUGCAACGCCAACGGGAGGAGGCGGCGAUGGAGAUGCAACGCCAACGGGAGGAGGCGAUGGAGAUGCAACGCCAACGGGAGGAGGAGAUGCAACGUCAACGGCAUGAGGAGAUGCGUCGGCGUGACGCACGUGAGGCAAUGGAACGCCAACGGGAGGAGAUGGAGCACCGACGGAGACAGAUUCAUGUCGUCGAAGUCGAGCCCGCAAUGGAGCUUGUCCGCCAGGGGUCCGUCUCUAGCGAAGGAUCCCACAAGAACAACGAUCAGGCUCUUGUUGAGAUUCCUCCAUCCGAGGUCGAAGAGUCUACAAUCGCUGGGAGCGAGACUGGGCUCGGGGGUGCCAUGACCGUGGCUCCUCCUUUGAGGCCUCGGUUAUUGGAAGGAAAGAUCUGUGCUAUCACUGGGGCAUCACGAGGUAUUGGGCGCGCCAUCGCCCUCGGAUUUGCCAAAGAGGGUGCGCACAUUGUUGCACACUACUGGGGAACUAAGAGCGACCCCGCCAAUGAGGAGAUUGUCUCCCUUUGUGUUGAGAUCCGUGGUAUGGGCCAGGGCUGCACCAUCGUCUUCGGGGAUAUCUCAGACCCCAGGACUAGCGACAAUAUCAUCAAAAGGGCUGUUGAGACCUAUGGAAAGCUUGAUGUAGCUGUCGGUAACGCUGGUAUGUGUUGGUACCGUGACUUCCUUGAUGUUACCCCCGAGUUGCUUCGUCGCCACGUCGAGGUCAAUCUCAACGGAAACUUCUAUUUUGUCCAGGCCUGCGCACGUCAGUUCAAGUCUCAGUUCCACGCACUCCCCGUUGAUCCUCGCCCUGACCCCAUGCCCGACUACUCAUUGAUCUUCCUGUCUGCGGCCGGUGCCCACUCCGGUAAUGGACAUCAAUCCCACUACAACCCUACCGCAGCUGGAUUGGUCAGCUUGAUGCAAUCCACCGCCGUGUCGUUGGGACCUUACGGUGUGCGAUGCAACGCCUUGUUGCCUGGUGUGAUCCAGACCAAGAUGAACAAGGAAGAGCUCACAGACAUGGAGAAAAGGGGACGGUUGGAGAAGAAAGUUCCCCUUGGAAGACUGGGUGUUCCCAGUGAUAUUGUGGGCCCGGCGGUAUGGCUUGCUGGUGAGGGUGCGAAGUAUGUCAGCGGCGCACAGAUUGUGAUCGAUGGUGGUGCCUUUGUUAAUAACUACUAA